CACAGUCCACUGAGGCUGAGGUGUGAAGGACAACAAAACAAUAAAGACAAAAGGGACCCUUCACGCAUUGUCGACAACGUAGUCAUGAACAAGUCGCUGAAACCAGAAGAAGAACAAAGGUCCAAACAUUGAAACUCACUCCCUUAGAAGCAGAACAACCAACCCAUUGCGGUUCUGGCUUUUUCACUGUUCCAAGAGGCAAAUUUUGGAUUUUUCUGGGGGCUUUUUCUCGAUUAUUCUUCAAUUUCAAAACCCCCAAGGGAUAAGCGUUUCCUCGUUACAAUGCCUUCUGUUUCUGACCUGGUUUUGGUAGGUUUCCCUCUUCUUCUUGUAACUGUUUCCGUGUUUUUCUCCAUGCUUUUUGCGUGAUUUGUGAGAAUUACUGGACCCUUCAGUUUUUGAGACUAUAAGAAAUAGAUAAGAGUGGUUCAGGAUUGUGCUUCUGAUCAAAGUUUGUAACAUGGGCAGUGCAGGUUCUUAUGAUCAAAUCCUCUUCUUCUUUGCUUCUCCUACUUUGCUUUGAAUUUGUGUUUUCUUCCUCAUUCUGUCUUCACUCAUUGGAUUCUCUAAACUUGUCCCAUGCUUUGUAAAACCUGAGAUUUGUUAUCUGAAUGAGUCUAAUUUUUUAAGGUUUUUAUUUUUAUCUAGUAAUUUCUCUGUGACUACAUUCUUUCUCUUUCGUGCUAUUGACAACCAUCACCGUUCAUUGUUUCCAAAUUCCUGAAAUUGUUGUUAUUAUUGUUACAUGGGAUUUAUGUUGCAAGAAGGGUCGUCUUCUGUAAAUUCUUCACCCCUGAAGCUCUUCUCCAUGAUGUCACUUUCACCUAGCUUAGGUUCUCCCAACAAUCUCUUGCUUAGAGAGAUGAAAUCCGAGGAAAGGGGUUUGUACUUGAUCCAUUUGUUGCUCACUUGUGCAAAUCAUGUAGCUGCUGGUAACCUUGAAAAUGCUAAUACCACCCUUGAGCAAAUUUCCCUGCUUGCUUCCCCUGAUGGGGAUACUAUGCAGCGAAUCGCGGUAUAUUUUAUGGAAUCACUUGCUGAUCGGAUUCUUAAAACAUGGCCUGGGAUCCACAGAGCCCUCAACUCAACCAGAAUGACCAUGCUAUCCGAAGAAAUUCUUGUUCAGAAGCACUUCUUUGAGCUUUUCCCCUUCUUGAAGGUGGCGUUUGUUCUCACAAAUCAGGCCAUCGUUGAAGCAAUGGAAGGGGAGAAAAUGAUUCACAUAAUUGAUCUCAAUGCUGCUGAAGCUGCUCAGUGGAUUGCACUCCUUCAAGUUUUGAGUGCGCGACCUGAAGGCCCUCCUCAUUUGAGGAUCACUGGGGUUCAUCAGAAAAAGGAGAUUCUGGACCAGGUGGCUCAUAGACUUACUGAAGAAGCAGAAAAGUUGGAUAUACCAUUCCAAUUCAACCCUGUGGUAAGCAAAUUAGAAAAUCUUGAUUUUGACAAACUUCGUGUGAAAACUGGGGAGGCACUUGCAAUAAGUUCUAUUCUUCAAUUACAUUCCCUUUUGGCCUGGGAUGAUGAAGCCAUGCAGAGAAAAUCUCCUCAUCUUUUAAAAAGUUCAAAUGGAAUUCACCUGCAAAGAGUCCUGCCAAUGAGCCAAAGUACAUUGGGUGAUUUACUUGAGAAAGAUAUGGUAAAUGGGUAUACCCCAAGUCCUGACUCAACCUCAUCAUCACCAGCAUCUUUGACUGCUUCAAAUUCAAUGAGUAUGGAGACUUUUCUUAAUGCCUUAUGGGGAUUAUCACCAAAGGUCAUGGUUGUGACCGAACAAGACUCUAAUCACAAUGGUCCAACUCUGAUGGAUAGGCUACUGGAAGCUCUAUAUUCCUAUGCAGCAUUGUUUGAUUGUUUGGAAUCCACUGUAUCAAGAACAUCAUUGGAGAGAUUAAGGGUGGAGAAGAUGCUUUUUGGUGAGGAAAUAAAGAACAUUAUUGCAUGUGAGGGAUCUGAACGAAAGGAGAGACAUGAAAAGCUGGACAAGUGGUUCCAGAGAUUUGAUGUAGCUGGGUUUGGUAACGUGCCUUUGAGCUAUUUUGGCAUUUUGCAAGCAAGGAGGGUCCUGCUGAGCUAUGGUUGUGAAGGAUAUAGAAUGAGGGAUGAAAAUGGUUGUGUGUUAAUUUGCUGGCAGGAUCGGCCAAUGUUUUCAAUAUCCGCUUGGAGAUCUAGGAAGUAAGAAUUAAAGGGAUAUAUUGAUGGUCUUUUUUUUCUUUCUUUACUUUUUAUAAGUGUGUUUUAUCCUUAUGGUGAUGAUUAUUCUUCAAGAUCGUUUUUUAGAGAUACUCCUUAUUCAUUGCCUGGUAAAACCCUAUCAAGAAAGAAAAUUGGAAAGACAAAGAAAGGGUAGAAGGACAGAAGAAAUAGAAGUUUUACUAGGGAUUCUGUUUAUGGUUUCAUUUUUUACAGCUGAUCAUUUUAUUUUUAUUUUUAUUUUUAUGAACUCCUGUACCCUAACUUGUAUCUAGUAUAUCAUAUAUAAUAUGGUUUUGUUUAUUUA